AUGGUGCCACAUACUAUAGUGCCAAUUAUUGGUGACGGAGCUUGCUUAUUAUUUCGAGCCAUAGCAUACAUAAUAUAUUAUGAUACUCAAGUUGUGGCUCGGGAGAUACGUGAGGAAAUAGUAGACCACGUGAUGGAGCAGUGGGACGACUUUUCCAUUAUGUCCUACGACAGAAAUGGAAAUAAUUUUAACACUUCUGCUGACUACUAUCCCAAAAUACCUUAA